AUGAAAAAGGAAAAGCCCUGUUUGCUGAGUGAUGGAACAAACACAAAAGUCCAAUGUAAAAGAAAAAAUGUUCCAAACAGUAAAACCAAGGAGAAGCCAAAAUCCAAUAAAAAUCCAAGAUCAACUCUGAAUAUAAGACUUGCUGGCAGUCAUGAAAACUGCACUGGAAGAGUUGAAGUUUAUAUCAACAACACCUGGGGAACAGUCUGCGACUCUGGCUGGGACAUGCACGAUGCUGAAGUUGUGUGUCAGCAGCUGGGUUGUGGACAUGCAACAAUGGCAAACACUAAUGCAGACUAUGGACAGGGUAGUGGAACUGUCUGGUUAGGAGCUGGUGAGCAGCUUUCUCUGGUAAAUGGUUCAAGCAACUGCUCUGGAACAGUCAACGUCAGUGUGAGUCGCAAAUCAGGAACAGUAUGUGAUACAUCAUGGGACAGCAGUGAUGCAGAUGUUGCCUGUCAAAUGUUAGGAUGUGGAAAAUCGAUACUAGCAACCACUGGUUCGUUCUUUGGGGCUGGGACGGGAGUCAUCUGGUUAAAUGGUCUUCAGUGUUCUGGCAGUGAAACUUCUCUAUUUCAGUGUCAGAAAUCCCAGAUUCAACAAGAUACCUGUAAUCAUUCAACAGACGCAGGUGCCAUCUGCUUUGGGUCUAACCUGCAGCUGAGACUGGCAGAUGGCUACUCAGAUUGUGCUGGAAGAGUGGAGGUUUUAAUAGGUAAUCAGUGGGGAACAAUCUGUGAUGAAUCCUGGGAUAUGAAUGAUGCUAAUGUGACCUGUGCUCAGCUAAACUGUGGAGAAGCUAUAUCUGCCAACACGAAUGGAUACUUUGGCCAAGGGAGUGGAGCUGGAUGGUUUAAUAGCUUUGAAUGUUCCGAGACAGACACAUCACUAUUCCAAUGCCAAAAGAACCAGUGGGAUGACAAUAUAUGUGAUCACUCAAAGGAUGCUGGAGUAGUUUGCACAGGUUCAAAUGUACAAGUUAGACUAGUGGGCGGCUAUGAUAACUGCAGCGGAAGAGUGGAAAUUUACGUCAAUAAAACUUGGGGAACAAUCUGUGCAGAUUCCUGGGACUUUCUUGAUGCUAAUGUGGUGUGCAAAGAGUUGGGCUGUGGUACUGCAACAUAUGUAGACAGUGAUUCAUACUUUGGCAAAGGAAGUGGCGUUACCUGGCUAAGUAAUGUUACAUGUUCAGGAACAGAGACAUCUAUAUUUCAAUGUCUUGCCAAUCCUUGGGGAAGUGAAACGUGUGGUAGUUCAUCAGAUGCUGGUCUCAUCUGCAGUGGAAGCAUAGAACAGAGCCUGCUCUAUUUAGUGACACAGCCAAUGACCUGGACUGAAGCCCUUCAUUAUUGUUGUUCCAAAUAUACAAAUCUGGUCAGCAUUACAAGCUCUGCUAUCCAAGCAAAGGUCACUAGCCUUAUUAAGAACAUCAAAGGAGGAGGUGCUUGGCUGGGAAUACGUAAACACAGGAUCUCAGACUAUUGGUAUUGGACCAAUACAGACCAAGUUAAAGACCCAAACUGGGGAGCAGGUCAACCAGAAAAUCAGUUUACUCAACGGUGUGGAAUGGCUUACUUGGAUACACAGCAAAACCUUUACUGGAAGACUGCCUGCUGUGGAUCAAAGAGGAACUUCAUAUGCUAUGAGACCUUAAUGUCUCCAUGA